AGCCCCAGCCUGGUCUCACGCUGCAUUUGCACUGAAGGCAACACAGGAUACAGGCUGCCCGGCUUGUAUCGUAUCUCAAACUGGAGGCAGAGUGAGGAAACAGCAUGUCAGGGAAGGAAGCGCUGAAGCUGCUGGGGAAGCACAUUUUGCUCCGACUAUUCAGAGCUUGUUUCUGAGUCACUCUGUAGCAGGUCUGAGGCAGAAUAUAGACAUUUUCUAACAACUGGUCAACAGAUGUGUAAGAAACAAAAACAAAGAGUCAGGGAUUAGAAACCCAACUUUCGCCUGUUGAACACCCUGGAGAUCUGCAGAGAGAAGGUGUAGAUCAGGAGGAAAUUCUUGAAAUUUCUCUACGGCUGAGCUUCUCAAACGGACACACAGCAGAGACGAUGAGUCUGUCACGGAGCGGGACGCUGGAAAAGGCGAUGUCUGAAGCGCGGCCCUCCUCCAGAGCGGGGUCAGCGAUCGUGGUGCCGCCCCCUUACUCCCUGGGUGGCGGCGAGGCCCCGGGUGGCCCCCUGGAGCUGAGGGGGUCUCUGGACUGCUGGGCCUGCUCUGUGCUGGUGACCGUGCAGAACCUCAUCAUCGCGCUCAUCAACGGCGGACUGGCCAGCAUCAUUUUCGGUGUCAUCCUGACCCCGGCUCUGGUCAUGAUCACGUUCGGAUUCCUCUGCCACUCCACAGUGCAGCCCCAUGGAACAUCCUUGUACUGCUCGGACCUGCUGGACGACACCAGCUGCGUGGCUCUCCUGGUGGUGGGCUUCCUGUUGCUGACCCCUCUGCUGGUGCUGGCGCUCGCCGCCUACUGUCGCCUGGCUCGGCACCUCCAGCUUGGCAUGUGCUUCAUUCCCUACAGCCGCGCCGUCUACAAGAACCUGCCCACCUCGCGCCAACAAGCAGGAGGCUGCUGUGGCCAAAAGGAAGGAAAGGAAAGGGAUGGAAAGGGCAGCGUUUGGGUUUAGGAAUAGGUGGAUGAGCAGUGUAGUUGCGAGCAAAAACCUAAUUAAAUACCCACCCCCCCUGCACCCCCCCCAAAUAUCUCAUCCUUUGUAUUGAUUGUUGUAUUGUAUUUGUAUUGACAUUGUUACGUUAGUAUACUGUUUAUGGAAAAUGUUUUAUACCUGUUUUACAAUAAAAUGAGCAUUUAUCUG